UCUCACGCGCCUCCCUUCCCCUCUCCCCCUUGUAGCACCCCCCCCCCCUCCUCCCACCCUCCUCGCCGGCCGCGCCCAUGGCGACCCCGUCGUACGCGGCCGUGAAGUGCCUGAACACGUCCUCUUCCAGCCGCAAGCGCUUCGUGUUCAAGAGCUUCACAAAGCGGGUGGAGGAAUUAGACAUCAAUGUUUACCGUAGCAUCGAUGAGGUCAAGGCGGAGCCCUCGAGCGGUUCCUCGUUUUUCCUCGAUGCUCUGGUGGAGUGGAGGGAGCUGAAUACUGCAGAAGACUUCAUCUCGUUUUACGAUGAGAUGAUACCAUUGGUGCAGACAUUGCCACAAAUCGUAUUGCACCGUGAGAAAAUAUUUUCUGGGCUGCUACAACGAGUAAAUAUGGCGGCACGAUUGUCCCUCGAGCCAAUAUUCAUGUUAAUUGCAGAAUUCGCCAGGGAUAUUCUAGAGGAAUUUUUGCCGUUUCUAGCAAGACACGCUAGUGCUAUUUUGGCUCUCCUUAGUGAUGGGGGUGAUCGUGACCCUGAAAUCCUGGAGCAGGUCUUCACAUCUUGGUCACGCAUAAUGAUGUACUUGCAGAAGUAUCUAGUAAAAGAUGUUGUUCAGAUUCUCAGGAUCACAUCUCCGCUGAGAUUUUUCCCAAAGGAUUAUGUGAGAGAAUUUAUGGCUGAAUCUGUUUCAUUUUUGCUGAGGAAUGCACGUAACGAUCAACUAACAGAAGGUUUAAGGAAAGCUCUGUUUGAGGCUGCUAAAAAAUCGUCACCUAUACGGAUAGACGGGGUGACUGCGUUGUUGUGGCACGUAAUGAGAGGAACUUACACAAAGCUUCACUCAAGAGCUGGAAAUGUCAUGGAGUUCUUGUUGAGCAAGUCAAUAUGUACCACUAUCGACAAUAAAUUCCCAGAUGGGUCUUCUACUACUCGUGAGGUCAUAACUGGUGUUAUCCAUAGAUUAUGCAACGAAGUGGAUCAGAAAGAGUUGGCGUUGAUAUAUACUUGCUUGUUUAAAGAAAUCAAAAGCUGCAUUAAGGAUGACUGUUUGGGGCACUUGAAACACAUGAUUGAUUUUCUUACAUUUGCUCUAGAAAACAGCAAGCAGAGUGAUAUGCUUGACAAGGCUGAUGUUCUUGAACUUGUUAAGUUGCUGAUUCAUAAGUAUGUUAGGCCUGGUAUCAGGACAGGAGAAGCUUCUUCAUCUGAGUUUCUUGGGAGUAUCUUGGACUUUCUUCUUUGUGUUUUGGAUGUUCCAGUUAUUUCUUGCAAUUUAUCCAUCAUAUACGCCCCUGUAUUUGAACUAACCAAUUUGAGUGCGGUUGCCUUUAUGAAAAAGCUUUGCAUGAAAGGGCCACAAAUUAUAAAAGCUUUUGAGAGUCAGAUACUGAGUGCAAUGGAUAAUAUUCUUGAGACUUCACCCGAGGAAGUUCUCUUUAUCCUUCUGCAUUUAUUUAAGAAAGCAACAGAUGGAGUAACUCAUGACAUUGAUGGUAGUCAUCUUGAUCGGGAGAAGAAAGUGUACAAGUUCUGUGAUUCAAAUGUCCGUUUAUGGAUAGAGUUUGUAGAUGAUAUAGUCAAGACAGGCAAUCAUUCGAGUAAUCUGGUCAGUGCAAAGGAAGCUGCUAUACUAUGGGGAUCUGUUCGCUGCUACUCAAAUGUUAAAGACGCCCCUCAAGAUAGUUUAGCAAUGCUGAAUAAGUUUAUUCGCAGCCUUGAUCUGUUACUUGAGGUGGAAGAAGAUAGCAUUAGUGGUCUUCCGAAGAAUACCUGGAGAAGUCUACUCGGUGCAGCAUUAUUAUCGUACCAUGAACUACUGCUGGUUAACGUCGGUAAAAAAUCAGAAUUAAGUUUCUUCCUAUCUCUUGCCAAGAGGCACAGCACAUGUCCGCAAGUACUCUCUGCUGUAGCUGAAUAUUUGGAUUCCCUACAUGGAGCAACUUCCCUGGGGAUGAUGGAAGAAUUCGAUCCACAGAAUCUCUUGAAUUCAUUCUGUAUCUUUGGUGCUAGCUUGAGCAGUCCAAAUAAGAAUGUCCGGGUUUUGACAUUGAGGAUUUUAUCUUAUUAUGCAAAGAUGGAUCAACGCCUAGGCUCAGAUGAUGAGCGGCCACAUAAGAGGCGGAAAGCAGAAGAUUCUGCAGAGGAAACUCUUGAACUUAAAUACACUAAUGUUGUCGAUACUCUUCUCGUUGUUGAAUCAACUCCAGUUUCAGUAUCUACUAGCCGCAAAAUUGCUAUCUUUGUUUCUCGGAUACAAAUGAGUCUAUCUUCUAAUACGGUUCAUGAUGAUUACAUACCUCUUCUCUUGCAUGGGAUUAUUGGCAUCUUAUACAAUCGAUUUAGUGAUCUGUGGCCACCAGCACUGGAUUGUCUUGCUGUCCUUGUUAGCAAACACAAGGAUCUUGUCUGGAGUCAGUUUAUUCAGUUUAUUGCAGUUUAUCAGUCAAAGGGUCUAACCGUGAGAAACCAAGAGAAGCUGCUAGCUGUGUCCCACCCAGAAUCUAUUAUUGACUGCUUCAGCUUAUAUCUUGCUACGGAUUUUGAUUAUACACCCCUUGAGACGAUUGCUACACUAUUGCUUCAAGCCCUCCAAAAGAUACCUGAUGUUGCUGAGUCUUGCUCUCGACAUGUUGUAACAUUAUUUCUAAACUUCAUGGGCUAUACCGAUGGCAGCAUCACUAGUGUUGAUUCAUAUAUGUCUGACAAGUGUAAAGGCAAACAAUGGAAAAUGAUUCUAAAAGAAUGGCUGAACUUGUUGCGAGCAAUGCGCAAUGCUCGAUCACUGUCCCAGAGCAAGAUUAUUCAGGAAAUAUUAACUGAAAGGGUCCUUGAUGAGAGUGAUCCUGAUAUACAAGCAAAAGCAUUGGAUUGCAUUCUGAACUGCAAGGAUGAAUUCCUAAUCCCAUACAGUCAAAACCUUAAGAAUCUGAUCGGCUUGAAAACUCUCCGUGAAGAACUCACCACGUGGGCAGUUUCACAUGACUCUUUGUCUAUCCAGAAAUGUCACAGAAGUCAUGUUGUUCCUUUGGUUAUUCAUGUGUUAACACCUAAAGUAAGAAAACUGAAGCUGCUUGGUUCUCGAAAGCACACGGGGGUUAGCCAUCGAAAGGCCAUUCUCCGUUUCCUUCUGCAGUUUGAUGCAAAGGAGCUUCAGCUCUUUUUCUCGUUACUACUAAAGUCCUUGAUCCCUGGGAGCCUUCAACUUGAAAUGUUCUCUUGUCAGUCUGGCGACCUACUUGAAAGUAUUUCUGAUGCCGUGGGAACUUCGUCCAUCAUCUGUCUAGAGAGUCUUACAUGGAAAAGGGCAAAUGGUUUUCUUCAUUUAGUUGAAGAGAUUUUUGGUACUUUCGGCAUGACACAUAUAGGUCCAUAUCUUAAUGCUCUAUUGAUCAUUGUUGUUCGGUUGCUGGAGAGUUGCAUGCGGAAUCUUGGAAACAGCAGCGAUGAGAAAGAUCCUUGUAAACAAUCAAAUCACCCUGAUAAUGGUUGUUCCAAUGACCAGGAAGCUGACAAUUCCAUAGAUCUGAAUGAAUGCCCAAACGAGAUGACAGUAGCCGACGAUACUGAGGCAAGUGCCUCAGUCAAGCAGUUAAAGGAUCUUAGGUCCUUAUGUAUUCGAAUCGUUUCCUUGGCACUUGGUCGGUAUGAAAGUCAUGACUUUGGAGAAUACUUCUGGAGUACUUUUUUUGCUUCUGUGAAACCUCUGAUUGACUGCUUCAGACAAGAGGCUGGCAGUAGUGAGAAACCGAGCUCUUUAUUUUCUUGCUUCAUGGUUAUGAGUCAGAGCCCAAAAUUAGCACCACUAUUAGGGACUAAUAACCUUGUACCGGCUAUAUUUUCUAUUUUGACUGUGAGGACUGCAUCAGAAUCUAUCACCUCCUAUGCACUUGAGUUUGUUGAGAAUCUAUUGAGGCUGGAUAAUGAUUUGGAGCAGCAAGAAGAUCACUCGGUGAAGAAAAUUCUUGCUCAACAUAUGGAUGUUCUUCUCAACAGUCUCCAUGAUUUUGUUAAUUAUCGCAAAGAACUUCACAGGAGAUCUGGGAGAUGGCUUGGGCAACGUGAACUUAGGUUGUUUAAACUAUUGCUAAAUUACAUCACAGAUCCUUCAGCUGCAGAGCAUGUUGUAGAUCUUGUCCUUCCGUUUUUUAGUAAGAAGGAUUUGAACUCUGAUGAGUGUCUGGAAGCUCUACAUGUUGUAAGGGGAAUAAUACAAAAUCUACGACACGGUGUGUGUGUAAAAAUUGUAAAUGCACUCAAUCCAUUGCUUGCGACUGUUGGACUCGAGCAGCGGCUAUGUAUCUGUGAUAUUUAUGAUGGGCUUUCAUUGCAUGAGUCUUCAAUGUCCUCUCUGGCUCGGUUACUGCGAGAUCUGAAUGCGGUUUCAACCUCAGAACUAGGUGAACUAGAUUAUGACAUGAGAAUCAGAGCAUAUGAUACGGUUCAGCCGCAGUUAUUUCACGGCAUGCAAGAAGAACAUAUAGGUGCCAUAUUAUCUCACUGCGUGUAUGAUAUGUCAUCCGACGAGCUAAUUUUCCGGCAAAGUGCAUCCAGGGCUCUUCAAUCAUUCCUGGGAUUCUCUGCAUCAGUUAUGAACAGUGACCCCGGUGGCUCUGUUGAAACAGCCACUGUUAAACCUGGAGACAAUUCCAGAAACAUUUGCACGAAAGGCCGUAUUCAACAAAUAUUAGAGAGAACUUACCUUCAUAAUAUGGGAACAGCGAUGUCUAAAGACAUAUCAGUUCAAAAGGAGUGGAUCAUUUUACUUCGGGAGAUGGUCUAUAAUUUUGAUCAUGUACCAUCCUUAAACUCCUUCAGGCCUCUCUGUAAAGACGAUCUGGAUGAAGAUUUUUUCCACAACAUAAUUCAUUUACAGGCUGGUAAAAGAUCCAAAGCGUUAUCUCUUUUCAGGCAGGCAAUCAAAGAUACCAACUUUUCAGAGGACGUGACUAUGAAAGUCUUUGUUCCACUGUUUUUCAAUAUGUUUUUUGAUGUCAAAGCUGGGAAGGGUGAACAUGUAAGAGAUGUAUGUUUGGAUACACUUUCUUCUGUUGCUGCCAAAGUGCAGUGGGAGCAUUACAGAACAAUAUUGAUGAGAUGCUUCCGUGAGUUGAGUCUCAAGCCUGAUAAGCAGAAAGUCAUUUUGAGGCUAAUAUGUGCUGUGUUAGAUGUGUUCCAUUUCAUGAAACCCGCAACUGAUAUCUCGAGUAAUUCUGAUGGUAUGAUUGGAGAUUCUCAUUCUUCCGUUACAUUCUCCUCAACCAUAGUCUCUUUGGAGAAGCAACAAUACCUGCGAAAGGUAGUAUUUCCACAGGUCCAUAAGUUAUUAGGAGCCGAUCCAGAGAAAGUCAAUGUAAGCAUAAACCUGGUAGCACUCAAAAUACUCAAGUUACUACCGGUGGAUUAUUUUGAGUCACAACUUUCAAGCAUCAUACAUCGAAUCUGCAACUUUCUCAAGAAUCGUCUUGAAAGCGUACGUGAUGAAGCAAGGUCAGCUUUAGCUGCAUCGCUUAAGGAACUUGGGAUUGGUUACCUGCAGUUUGUGGUCAAGAUAUUGAGGGCGAUACUGAAAAGGGGUUACGAGCUACAUGUUCUGGGCUACACCCUUCAUUUUUUAUUAUCAAAAACUGUGACUGCUGAGAUGAAUGGUAGUCUUGACUAUUGCUUACAAGAUUUGUUGUCUGUAGUUGAGAGUGAUAUACUUGGAGAUAUUGCGGAACAAAAGGAAGUUGAGAAAAUUGCCUCCAAAAUGAAAGAGACAAAGAAGAGAAUGUCAUUUGAGACUCUUAAGUUGAUUGCUCAGAGUAUUACAUUCAGGACACAUUCUUCGAAAUUAAUCUUGCCAAUUUCUGCACAUCUUCAGAAGCACCUUACUCCAAAAUUAAGAACGAAACUUGAGGCGAUGUUACACAGUAUAGCCUUGGGGGUUGAGUGCAACCCAUCAACUGAAACCUCAAACUUAUUUAUAUUUGUUUAUGGCCUUGUUGAGGAUACCAUUGAAGGGAAUGAAUCUCAGCGCAAAAAGAAUAUGGAAUCUGGUCCUGGUCAAAAAAACAUUCUCAGAAUGAAUUUCCUAGAACUUGGCGAGAGUGGGUUACAAAAUUCCUAUAUAUUUACCAGGUUUGCACUUUCUUUGCUGCGCAAUCGGUUGAAGAGCAUCAAGCUGCACAAGGAAGAUGAGCAACUAUUGUCUAUGUUAGAUCCUUUUGUCAACCUUCUGGGAAAAUGCCUGAGUUCCAAGUAUGAAAGUGUCCUUUCUGUCACUUUUAGAUGUCUUGCCAUGUUGGUGAAACUUCCUUUGCCAUCUCUCAAGGACAAUGCAAAUUCUAUCAAGAGUGUACUAAUGGAGAUUGCUCAGAGAACUGGAAAUUCUAAUGGCCAUUUGGUCACAUCUUGUUUGAAACUACUUGCUCAUUUGCUUAGAGGAUUUAGGAUUUCACUUUCAGAUGAUCAACUCCAGAUGCUUGUCCGUUUCCCUAUUUUUGUUGAUCUCCAGACAAACCCAUCACCUGUUGCCUUGUCGCUUCUGAAAGCAAUUGUCAAAAGAAAAUUGGUUUCCCCUGAGAUUUAUGAUAUUGUAGUUGGGAUAGGAGAAUUGAUGGUUACAACUCAAACAGAGUCUAUACGUCAGCAAUGUAUGCAAAUUCUAUUACAGUUUUUUCUAAAUUACCCACUCUCAGGGAAGCGCUUACAACAGCAUAUUGAUUUUUUCCUGACAAACCUGAGUUAUGAGCAUGCAUCAGGAAGAGAAGCGGUGCUCCAAAUGCUCCAUGAUAUUCUUACCAGAUUCCCUCAGAGGAUUAUUGAUGACCAGGGUCAAACUUUUUUUCUUCAUCUGGUAGUUGCCUUGGCAAAUGAACAGCACCAGAAGGUGUCUUCUUUGAUUGUCACAGCAAUCAAGAAGCUGUUAGGGCGCAUUGGUGAUCAGGGAAAGAAUUCUAUUUUUGAGUACUCUCUUUCCUGGUACACUGGUGAAAAACAGAAUUUGUGGAGCGCUUCAGCCCAGGUUAUUAGUCUACUUGUUGGGAAUCGCUCAUUAGGAAUUGGUAAACAUCUUGAAAGUAUUUUGGCUGUUGCGAAGCGAAUAAUGGAAUCUUCUUGCACCGCUUCUGGAGGAGUACAACUAGACUUAACUGGGGAAACUGAUCUGCCAUUUUGGAAAGAGGCUUACUGUUCUAUUCUAAUGAUGGAUAACUUACUUGAACACUUUCCAGAGUUGUAUUUCAAACAAAAUACAGAGGCGAUAUGGAUGACAAUUUGCAAGCUGCUGAUACAUCCCCAUUUGAAGUUACGCAUUUAUUCUAGCGCUCUGGUAUCCAAGUAUUUUGCUUCAGUAGAGCAGAGGAAAAAAGAGAAGUUGGAUGUCACAUCAUCGUUCCUUCUCCAACCAAGCAGGCUAUUCCUAAUUGCUACUGCUUUCUUGAAACAGUUGAGGAUGGAGCCAAGUGAUACUGCAGAAAAUAAGAAAAUUGUACACAAUCUUGCAUACUCAAUCUGUAACUUGCAUGUGUUGGUUAAGCAAACAACUUCAUCGCAUCAGUUUUGGUCUAGCCUUGGUUCUUGUGAUCAUGGUGCCUUCCUCGAGGGUUUUGAAUUGCUUGGUUCAAGAAAAGCAAAGAACACAUUUCUCCUCUGCACUGCCUCUUGCACUGACGUAGAUGGAUCUGGCCUUGACAGCAGUGAAGAACUUGCAUCUUUCUUUGUUUCUUCUCUCCUGAAGAAAAUGGAAAAAAUUGCAAUGCAGAUGGAGGACGCACAUAUGAAGAUCGUGUUCAGUUGUUUCAGUACGAUUUCACCAAAACUAAACACUGAAGCUGAAUUUUCAACCUAUGCUGUUCACAUGUUGGCCCCAUUGUACAAAGUUGCUGAAGGAUUUGCUGGGAAAGUCAUCAGUGAUGAAGUUAAGCAGUCAGCAGAGGUGACCAGGGACAAACUACGUGAUCUCAUUGGAGUUGAGAAAUUUGUGGAAAUUUACAACAGUGUCCGGAAGGACCUGAAAGCAAAGAGGGAGAGCAGAAAGCAGGCUGAGAAGCUUGUUGCAGCGGUCGACCCAGCGCGGCACGCCAAGAGGAAGUUGCGUAUGUCUGCCAAGCACCGAGAACACAAGAAGCGGAAGAUAACAGCGAUGAAGAUGGGAAGGUGGUUGAGGUAGUUUUUGUUGGUGCUAGAUGAAGAUCAAACAAGUUACUUCUGCCAGCGAUGAAGAUCAAGCAGAAGCAAGUUGUACAGCGUUCACUUCUGCGUGGCAAUGUGUUCUGCUGUUGGACUUCGAAAAUUUGUGCUAGAUGGCUGGCAGAAAAUUUUGUAUGCUUGAUGUAUACAUGCAUAUAUCAAUCAAGUUACGCCUAUACCAUUGCAGUUUUGUUGACGACCUGUAGAAUCCACUGAAUGAAUAUUGAUGAAACUUUCAUUACAAGUUUUACUGAACUGAA